UACCAUACGAGUCCAUGCGCUCCAUGGGUGCGGUUGUUUUGUUUCUGGACACAGUGCAAUGCUUAUUUGUAGGGUUUGAAGGAAAGAACCAAAAUAAUAGGUUGGGGAGCUGACAACACGACAUUGCCAUCUUAGACCUGCAUUUAACUCGGUUCAACUUGAUUAUUUUAACAAACAGGUAUGGCUCGUAGGUUGUAUGGGCGUGUGGCAGGUUAAAUUCCUGAACCAAAGAAGUGAAUACUAAAAAAAAAUAUCAAUGCCAAGUAACCAGUAAACUUCAAAGGAAUGUGGAUACAUGUUGAGAUAAGAUGAUAAACAAGUGGAGAUUAUCCUGAACUUCAUGUUUGUCAAUUACGCUGUGCCUGAAAUCCAUCUACCUUCUGACAUUACCAAACCCAUUUAAAUGCAGCUUUAAAUGAAGAUAUGUGUGGUGAUCACUUUCUGUUUUGUCUCUUAAAAAUGCAUCACUCUGAAGUGAAGAUUGAAAACAACUCUCUCUGGACUGUGUUUCAAACUACCCAAAAUAAUCCUCAUGGAUAUAAAACCUAUACUAUUUUCUCUAAAACUAAUUUUCUAUUUUGUUCUCUUUAAUCUUUUUGCUUCUUCUUCUGCUACCCUCUCUUUUAACUUUUAUGCAGCUUCAUGCCCAUCUGUCGAAUUCAUGGUUGCAAAUACAGUGAGAUCAGCUUCCUCUGCUGAUCCUACCAUUCCAGGGAAGCUGCUUCGCUUGCUGUUCCAUGACUGCUUCGUCGAGGGUUGUGAUGCAUCUGUGCUGCUACGAGGAAAUGGAACCGAGCGAAGUGAUCCAGCAAACACGUCUCUUGGAGGAUUUUCAGUUAUUGAUUCGGCUAAAAGACUGCUGGAAAUUUUCUGUCCGGGGACUGUUUCUUGCGCUGAUAUUGUUGCUUUAGCUGCAAGAGAUGCUGUUGCUAUUACUGGAGGACCCUUGAUCCAGAUUCCAACAGGUAGGAGAGAUGGGAGGGUUUCUUCAUCUGCAAAUGUCAGACCAAAUAUUGUAGAUACAAGUUUUACUAUGAAUGAAAUGAUCAAAAUUUUCUCCACUAAAGGGUUAUCUCUGGAUGACCUUGUUACUUUAUCAGGUGCUCACACUAUAGGAACAGCACACUGCAGUGCAUUCAGCGACAGAUUCCAUGAAGACUCAAAAGGGAAGCUCAAACUCAUCGACUCCACACUGGACAGUACUUAUGCGAACGAGCUAAUGAGAAUAUGUCCAGCAGAAGCAAGCUCAUCGAUAUUAGUAAACAAUGAUCCUGAAACAUCUUCUGCAUUUGAUAAUCAGUAUUACAGAAAUCUCUUAGCCCACAAAGGGCUAUUCCAAUCAGAUUCUGUUCUUUUAGAUGAUGCGAGAACAAGAAGACAAGUGCAGGAUUUUGCAGAUGAUGAAGUCAGGUUUUUUGAUAGUUGGAGUCGGUCUUUUCUGAAGCUAACUAGCAUUGGAGUUAAGACAGGAGAAGAAGGCGAAAUCCGACAAACUUGUUCAUUGAUUAAUGGGUGAAAAAAAUUGUAUAUGAUACCACUCCUCUGUUCUUGUGAGAGCAACAGGAAAUAAAUCCCAUUCCUCUUCUUUCUUUCAAUUCAUGAGAGGCCUUGUACAGUAUACUAAGAGAGUACUAAUAAUGUUUUUUGGACAAACACAUACAGAGAUAAUUACUGAUAUAUAUCUUUGGUUGUAACUUGUUUUGGUCAUUUUAGAGGAGUGGAGAAAAUAACUUCCACCAUGAAUAAAGUGGAAGUUUUAUUCCAGUCAGUGAUUUUGAUCAUGUAAGGAUAUAAUUUACUGGAGAAAUUUGUCAAAAAUACAUCAAUGAGCAUGUGUGUUUUAUUGUUUUA